AUUGCUGAUGAGAAAAGGUAUUUAGCAGUUUAUGUUUACUAAAAUAAUUGCAUUUCCAUGUUCUGUGUACUGUGGGAGACCAGAUAUAGUGAAUGCAGGGUCCGGGGAGAGCGGAUAUAGUGAAUGGUGCGGGGAGAGCAGAUAUAGUGAAUGCGGGGUCUGGGGAGCGGAUAUUGUGGAUGCAGGGUCCGGGGAGAGCGGAUAUAGUGAAUGCAGAGUCCGGGGAGAGCGGAUAUAGUGAAUGCAGGGUCCGGGGAGAGCAGAUAUAGUGAAUGCGGGGUCCGGGGAGAGCGGAUAUAGUGAAUGCGGGGUCUGGGGAGACCGGAUAUAGUGAAUGGAGGGUCCGGGGAGAGCGGAUAUAGUGAAUGCGGGGUCUGGGGAGACCGGAUAUAGUGAAUGCAGGGUCCGGGGAGAGCGGAUAUAGUGAAUGCGGGGUCUGGGGAGACCGGAUAUAGUGAAUGCGGGGUCCGGGGAGAGCGGAUAUAGGGAAUGCGGGGUCCGGGGAGAGCGGAUAU